UGUGUUGAGCUGUGAGAUCUAAACCUGUUGCAUCUUAUCUUGGAGCCCUUUUUAUACUUACACUGAAUCAGGCUGCCUCUCAUCCUCUGGCAGCUGUGUCUGCUCGGUGUUUAUGGGAUUAGAAAGCAUUAUUCCAAUAUGGAGGAAAGGGGUCGUAAAGCUACUACUGUGCAGACGCGGGCACUCCUACGCCUCGAGUCUCCCUCUGCCGUUCAUUGGUCCAUUCAGCAUCUUCAGCACCACGGAGGCUGAACAGCGACACACGGCCGUGCAGCUUUCAUCAAAUGAGGAUGCCGCGAGGCGUACGCUGCACUACAUGGUUACUAUGACACUGUUUAUCUGAUUUUUUUAUUUUCAUUUUUCAUUUUUUUUGUAACCCUGAUGUUAUUAUUUGAUCAUUCUAUAACACGUGAUUGCUGCAGGGAUAAUUGUAGCUUAUUGUCUCCAUCGGCUUCAUCGGGAACAUCCCGUCCGUGUCUCUGCGAAAAGAAGCUGCUUCUCCCAUCACAGAUGCUCGGAUUCACGGCUGUCGCUUGUUUCACCGGCUUUCCCUCCCGUCGAGUCGAGAGACAUGACGGACUCUAACGCCGCCGCUCCGCUUCCAGGCAGCAGCAGCAUCUCAUGCACGGUGCCGCAUCAACAAGCGCCUUCGCCGCCGCCCGACCACCGAGUCCCCCCGGCGUCCACCCGGUGUCCCCCGGUCCCCUGACGCCUCUUGUGACAUGAGAGCUCGGGGCAGAAAGGCGAGGAUCAAAGGUUACGGGCAGGGGAUCAAGCAGGAGCGAAGAUCCUCGAGGAGAGGGGACCCGGAAACUGGCCGCCUGCACUGCUUGAGUGGAGAGGAUACAAACAUACCUGCAUCAAAAAUUCAUGUGACACUUUAUUAAUCCCUUGUUGCUUGCAGCCUGCUGGGAGGUCGGAGCACGGGGGUCAGCCACGGAGUAGCGUCCCUGCCUGGAGCUGGUGGAUAAAUCAGCAGGUGAACCUGGAUCCAGGUCACACUGGACGACCUCCUCUGAUCCCACUGGAGCCUUCUUGUGAUUCUGAUUUCGGGCCUUCAGCGUGGUAGCAGCCACCUCUGCCUUACACUCUCAUCUGAUGCACGGCCUCGUAGUGUUGAUACUGGUCGAGUCCCGGUCAGCUGUGCUCUACCCGAGGCCCGUCAGGCUCACUUGGCUGCUCCUGACCAUCACCUUCACCUGCACAGCCAUGGGCUGCAUCCAGAGCAUAGCCUGCAACAAGUCGCGCAUCAAACGGGAGAACAUCGUGGUGUACGACCUGUCCGCCACCAUAGACCACUGUCCGACUGUCAUUGAGGAGAACUCGCCCAUAGUGCUUCGAUACAAGACGCCCUACUUCAAAGCCUCUGCGCGCAUUGUGAUGCCCCCCAUUCCGCGCAACGAGACAUGGGUGGUGGGCUGGAUCCAGGCGUGCACCCAGAUGGAAUUUUACAACACUUACGGAGACAUCGGCAUGUCAAGCUGGGAGCUGCCUCAGCUGAGAGAAGGCCUGGUGAGGGCCAUCAGCGACUCAGACGGCGUGAGCUACCCCUGGUAUGGGAACACGACAGAGACCGUCACCAUAGUUGGCCCUACUUCCAAGCCGUCCCGCUUCAUUGUCAGCAUGAAUGACAAUUUUUACCCCAGCGUAACCUGGGCUGUGCCGGUCAGUGAAUCGAACACGCCCUUACUGACUAACAUCAAAAGGGACCAGAGUUUCACCACCUGGCUGGUGGCGCUCAACACCACAUCCAGGGAGAAGAUCCUGCUCCACACCAUCAAGUGGAGGAUGAGGGUCGACAUCACAGUGGAUCCAUCCCUGCCCCUGGGUUCGAGGGCCAGGCUGGUGGGCCGACUGCACCAGGACCAGCCGCGGGUGCUGACCCGCAUGGAGCCCAUCCCUCCCAACGCCAUGGGGAGGCCCAAUGCCAACGAUGCACAGGUUCUGAUGUGGAGGCCGAGGAGAGGCCCUCCGCUCGUUGUCAUACCUCCCAAGUAGACGUCGCAGGCAUUUGAGAGGCCAUUUCUUGGAAAAAAAAAAAAAUCAUAUCAUAUCGGGCCACUUCUGCAGUGAAACAAGAUGAACCAGAUGAAGGACAAAAGCAGACGAAUGGAGAUCUAUCAGCAGGCUUGUAUUAACUGUUGAUGGCACAAAUCAGAAUCUGAGGGGACGACUGCCUUAAUUCCCCACCGCUGCCUUUGACUAUUCAGAAAGUACGUUGGUCUCUACUCCAUCGCUGAUGAGCUGUGCAGGCCUUCACUCCAACUCGGCACAUGAGAACAAAACUUUGUCUGACGUAAAAAAAAAAAAAAAAAAGAAAAUACCAUCAGUGCUGGGAUGCAAUGCAAACAAGGACUGUAGCUACUCAGGCCCAGACAGGAGUGAUCCAGCCUAAACAAAUACAGACAGUUUCAAAAGGUUUUCCAGCCUUAAUGAUGACAUCUUCAUGGCCUGCUCUGUACUGUACACUGAUGUACUGUGUAAGAGUUUAACCAUGGAGAGGUGUUAGCGUUCAGGUCCGCGGAGGACGACGCCACUGAUGGUGUGAGGCUGUGCGGGUGUGCAGGCAUGUGUGUAUGUGUUUGUGGAUGUGUAUUUUCUAUAGGCUGAGUCCAGGCUUGCUGCUGUGUCACACCAGACUGCCUCACUCACAAAGGGGCCUCAUGUGAUACAUUGUAGGGUCGUUUUUAAAGAUUGUGAACAUACAUGCAUCCUCAAAGGUACUUUGCUUUCGACAUAUCACGGGAAGUGUAGAAACAACACCUUGGACUGAGUCAUACACACAGACAUAAACGAAGUCCCGCAGUAGCGGGAUUUCUCUUUUCUUUUUUUUUUUCCAACCUCAAAUGGCCAGUUCAUGUGAGCUGCAGAGAUUCUCUCCCCCCCCCCACCUUCUGAAAGCCAGAGAUGCCUGUGUGGUUGAUGAUGUCUUCGACAAUAGAACAUGAUUCUGUCUUUCCAAAGCCCCCCCCCCGCAUCUAAUCAGAUUUGUGAGAGGAAGAGGUUGCUUUAUGUUACGGCACAUAAACUCAAGUCUGCCAUCGAUGGCUGCAACCUUCAAUAUGUUGUUUACAACUCUGUCCUGAGACGCUAGUAAAAGAAAACAUCCUUUAUGUGAGAGGUAAAGGAUCAUUUAACCCAAAUUAACAGAACAUACGCCAAUCAGCCACAACAUUAAAACCGCCUGCCUAGUGUUGUGUAGGUCUCCCUCGUGCCUCGAAAACAGUUGUGGCUCAUCAGAGAAUGGACAUGUGUCUUCUGAGGGUGUCCUGUGGUG